AGUUCCUGGCAGGGCGGGAACUUCAGGGCAACAGAAGCAGCCCCUUGGCCCGGGCAACCUGGAGCGCGGCGGGCAGCCUAUCCCGGCUGGGACGACGAGGGCCUCGCGAGGUGGAGGGAGGACCCAGGACAAUGGCUGCUGAUCGUGAUUUGGAGAUGGAGGAUAUGAAUCUGAACAUGGACAGAGACAUGAAAGGAGAGCUGGAAGAAGAGAAGGAAAUGAGAGAGGACAGGGGAGGUAAAAAUCCCCUCAAGAAUAAAAAGGUCCACAGGAUUGUCUCAAAAUGGAUGCUUCCUGAAAAGGUUCGAAGAGCAUACCUGGAGAGAGCUAACUGCCUCCCACCCCCUGUGUUCAUCAUCUCCAUCAGCCUUGCCGAGUUGGCGGUGUUUAUUUACUAUGCUGUGUGGAAGCCUCAGAAACAGUGGAUCACCCUGGACACAGGCAUCCUGGAGAGUCCCUUUAUCUACAGUCCUGAGAAGCGGGAGCAAGCCUGGAGGUUUAUCUCCUAUAUGCUGGUCCAUGCUGGAGUUCAGCACCUCGUGGGGAAUCUCAUCAUGCAGCUCGUUUUGGGUAUUCCCUUGGAAAUGGUCCACAAAGGCCUCCGAGUAGGGCUGGUGUACCUGGCAGGAGUGACUGCAGGGUCCCUUGCCAGCUCCAUUUUUGACCCACUCAGAUAUCUUGUGGGUGCUUCAGGAGGAGUCUAUGCUCUGAUGGGAGGCUAUUUUAUGAAUGUUCUGGUGAAUUUUCGAGAAAUGAUUCCUGCCUUGGGAAUUGUCAGACUACUGAUCAUCAUCCUUAUAAUUUUGUCGGAUAUGGGAUUUGCUCUCUACAGAAGGUUCUUUGUCCCUGCAAACGGGUCGCCGGUGUCUUUUGCAGCCCACAUUGCAGGUGGAUUCGCUGGAAUGUCCAUAGGUUACACUGUGUUUAGCUGCUUUGAUCAGGCAUUGCUGAAGGAUCCGAGAUUUUGGAUAGCAAUUGCGGCUUAUUUUGCUUGUGCCUUAUUUGCCGUGUUUUUCAACAUUUUCCUCUCCCCAGCAAACUGACCUGCCUCUAAUAUAAACCAAGUAAUGCAAAGAGCCAUCUGGGAAAAAACUGAAGUCUAUGAAGAGACAAAGAAGUCCUUGCAAAUGCUAACAAUUUUUUAAAGAGGUCAGAACACGACUGAAGUCCUCAGUUGCAAAGACUGUUUACAAAAGGGGUUAGGGUUUAGGUAAGGGGCUUCUGAACGCAGAGGGAGGGAAAAGGAAGAGAGAAAAGGGGAGGGAUGGAAAAAGCAGGAUUGGCUCUUUCCAGACAUGUGGUGUGCAUUGUAGGGAUACUCUAAGAGACUUGCUCUCCUUGGAGGAUAUAUUGUAGAGACUGCUUGAUAGAAUCUACAAAUACCUGUACUGUUCUGAUAAUAAAAACU